CCUAGAAACACACAGGCUGUCUUCUUCUUCUUCUUCUUCAAUCAGUGUUGAUUGAACUUGUAUAUCAUCUCUCUAUGUAUGUCCUUUUAUCAUAUUUUGUUGGAUUUUCAACUACUAUAUCAUCAUCUUCUUCUGCAUAAUUUAUUUUAUUUGGCCGAUGGAUCCAGAGUCUUUGGGAAAUACUACUAGUAAGGCCCCUAGGAAGGUUAGAUUUGCUCCAAAAGGUCCUCCUCGCAGAGUGCAAAAGCCUGUUGUACCAAAAAUUGAAAAGACUGAAACUAUCGAUGCUGAUGCCCAGGCACAGGAAUUGUUGAGACGUUUCAAUGAAGCUUCAGGAAAAGUAAAGCCUAAAGUUGAAAAGAAAGUAGCAUCUACACAAAUUGCAUUUGGUUAUGGAGGUCAAUCAAAUUCCAUAAAAUCAUAUGGUUCUCUAAAGGGUGGGAUUGGUGUUAACAAUGAUGGAGGUGGUGGUGCUUAUUCCUCAGUCUUGGGAGACCAGAAAGAAUACAAGGAACCAUGGGAUUAUUACAGCUAUUAUCCCAUAACUCUUCCUUUAAGGAGGCCUUAUUCUGGAAAUCCAGAACUUCUUAAUGAAGAGGAAUUCAGGGAAGCUUCAGAAAAUGUAACUUAUGAUGAACAUUCAAUAAGGCCUGCAAAUGAUCUUGGUCUACAGGAGGAGAAUCUGGAAGCAAGCAUUUUCUUCCUACAGUUGCCAGCAAAUAUGCCUAUGGUGAAGCAAUCUGCCAAUGCAGAGGGCCAGGAGAUGGUCAACAACUCAGAGCCGCCCAAGAGUGCAGGUCCCUCAAAAAAGGGAUGUAGUUUGGAUGAGUUACCGGGAGGUUUUAUGGGAAAAAUGUUAGUAUACAAGAGUGGUGCUGUCAAGCUGAAGCUUGGUGAUAUCAUUUAUGAUGUUUCUGCAGGUUCGGAUAGUGAGUUUGCCCAGGAUGUUGUUGCCAUCAAUACAGAAGAGAAGCAUUGUUGCGUUGUUGGGGAACUCAGCCAACGUGCCGUGAUAACCCCAGAUGUGGACUCUAUCUUAAACAGUAUUUCUGAUUUGUAGUAGUUUGGCUCACUUACCAUAAAAAUUUUGGUUCACACAUGAUGGAAUCUGAUAGAUGUUAUUUAUUAUUUAUUUUUUGCAAACAAAGUGAGUAGCAACUUAGGAUAUAGAUUCAUUUAGAAUUUUUUAUCAUAAAUAUUCAAUGAGGAAAGUUGAGAAGUUGAAGAGAAAUAUAUGAAAAAUUCUUACAAGAAACAAAUAAAAGAGAAGGAUUUACCUGUCAA